AUGGUGCUUCUUGAAGGGCAAUGGAAAUCGUUCAUCUUCAACCUUCUUCUGUUUGUGGUGGUUAUGAUUGUGGGCAGCUAUGAAACGUCUGCCGCGAUUGAUGACUGUCCACUGCCCCGGUGCGUUACGUACGCCGAAAUCAACACAUACUGGGCAGAUCCGAAUCCGGCAUUCUUCCUACAGUGUCGCCCCCAGCCGAACGGUACCUGGGCACCGCAACGGAUGGCGUGUGGGCCUGGUACGUUGUUCAGCUUCAAGCAUCAGGUGUGCGUGCUGGAAGGCAACUGGAACGCGACAUCUAACUGCACCGAGAUACCUCCAGCAUCCGAGUGUGGUGCGCCAAGCUGUGAGACGUACGAUGAGAUCAAUACGCUGUGGGUGCAUCCGCAGCGGGAAAAGUUUUAUCAGUGUCGGCCUGCAAAGAGCGGAAAAUGGGAACCGCAGGAGAUGCUUUGUAGCGUUGGUACAGUGUUCAGCUUUUUCCACCAGGUGUGUGAUUACGUAUCGAAGUGGAAAGAACCAUGCUGGCGUCCGUAG